AUGCGAGGCACAACAGCGCUUUCGGCGCUCGCUGUAGCGCUGGCUCUGCCAUUGCAGGCAGCGGCGUGGUAUCUGCCGGGCAGCGCACCGCACUCCUACAAGCAGGGCGACCAGGUGCCGUUCUCGGUGAACGCUCUGCAGGCCAAAGCCUUCACCUCGCAGAUCAAGGGUGUGCUCAAGUACGACUACUACGAUCCGCGCUUCCAAUUCUGCACACCUGACGGAGGGCCCGAGGCGCAGAGCGAGAACCUCGGAAGCGUGCUCUUCGGCGACCGCAUCUACAGCAGCCCAGUCCAAGGCGUCAUGCUCAAGGACGAGGUAUGCAAGCAAAUGUGCCGCAUCACCAUCACCCCUGAGAACGCCGCCUUCAUCAACGACAGGAUACGCGAGGAAUAUGCCGUCAACUGGAUGGUCGACGGUCUGCCCGUCGCAGAGUCGCGCAGAGAGAUCAAGACCCACGAGGAGUUCCUCUCGCUUGGAUUUGCGCUCGGCAGCCUGCAGGAUGAGCACUUCCAGCCAUACGACCCACCAGCGCUGCACAACCACUACGACAUCUACAUCGACUACCACAAGCGCGGUCCGGAUGAGUACCGCGUCGUCGGCGCACGCAUCUAUCCGCUCUCCAAGGACUCGCUCGCCGGUGUCGCCGCGGGCCAGCCGGCAGACUGCAAGGCAGCCAACCCUCUUCAGCUCAGCGACGCAACCUCGACCGGCGUCGCUUACACCUACAGCAUCCGAUGGAGGGAGUCUUCCACACCUUGGGCAACGCGCUGGGACGCCUACCUCAAGGUGUUUGACCCCAGGAUCCACUGGCUUGCGCUCAUCAACUCGAUCGUCAUCGUCAGCUUCCUGUGCAUGAUGGUCGCCAUCGUCGUCGCGCGCUCCAUCAGCCGCGACAUUCACCGCUACAACGCCAUCGACAUGAACGAAGACGUCCAGGAGGACUUUGGCUGGAAGCUCGUCCACGGCGAGGUUUUCCGUCCGCCUGGCAGGCCCAUGCUUCUCUCCAUCUUUAUCGGAUCCGGAUCCCAGCUCGUGGCCAUGGCCGCCGUCACGCUCGUGUUUGCGCUCCUCGGCUUCUUGAGCCCGUCCAACCGCGGCUCGCUUGCGACCGUCAUGAUCGUCACCUGGACGCUCUUUGGCAGCAUCGCCGGCUUUGUCUCGAGCAAGGUGUAUGCCAGCUUGGGCGGCGAGUACUGGAAGCAGAACAUCGUGCUCACCGCCAUGCUCUUCCCCAGCCUCGUCUUCUCGCUCGUGCUGCUGCUCAACUUCUUCCUGAUCUUCAGCGGCUCGUCGGGAGCCGUGCCCUUUGGCACGCUGCUGGCGCUCGUCGCGCUCUGGUUCCUCAUCAACGUGCCACUCACCGCCGUCGGCGCGAUGCUCGGCAUCCGAUCCGGCGGAUUCACCCAUCCGGUCAAGCCCAACUCGAUCCCGCGUCAGAUCCCCUACCAGCACACGUGGUAUCUGCGCCCGCUGCCAUCCGCCCUGAUCGCCGGCAUCUUGAUCUUUGCCUCGGCGUUCCUCGAGAUCCUCUUCAUCCUUAACUCGAUGUUCGGCACCAAGAUCUACUAUGCCUUUGGCUUCCUCGCGCUCGCGUUCAUCAUCACCGCCGUCACCUCGGCCACCGUCACCAUCCUCUUCACCUACUUCCACCUCUGCAGCGAAGACUACCGCUGGCACUGGAGGGCGUUUGUCACCGGCGGCUCGGGCGCCAUCUGGUUCUUUGUCUACGGCCUCUUCUUCUGGGCGACCAGACUCGAGCUGCCAGGACUCGCCAACAAGGUGCUCUUCCUCGGAUACCUCUCCAUCCUCUCGCUCCUCUUCUUCACGCUGUUUGGCGCCAUCGGCUUCCUCGCCACCUACGCCGCGCUGCGCAGGAUCUAUUCGGCAAUUCGCGUUGACUAG